AUGGCAUUUCAAAGUGACAUUGAUUCAGACGUGACUGAAACUUUCACAAAUGUUGAAUCUGAUGAUGAAUUAGAUAACGAUUCAGUUUGCGACUUCUACAAAGGCUUGGGUAGCGACGAAGAAGAAGAACAGGAUAAUGAAUCAGAUAGUGAAGAAGAGCAGGAUAUGGAAGAAUCUUUGGACGAAAGACAAUGGAGAGUAGAUCGAUUCAAACCAAAACAAUUUCCCUUUGACUCAAGUGAAUCAAGUAUCAGCUCACAUGUGCAACAUAUUGAUGAGAAUUCUGCACUAGAGUACUGUCGUUUAAUAUUCGACGAUAACUAA